AUGCCGUCUCAGGCCCUGGGCCCUUUUGCUGUUGUCGAGGAGGAUAGUGACCAAGAUAGAGGCGAUGCUGAAUAUGAGCCUCCUGCAGCGUUAAGUCAUGUUCACAGUGAUGGAGAUGGUGGUGGCAGGGAUGGGGAUGGGGAUGAUGAUAAUAUGGCUUCUUCUGGCAGUCGCCAGUAUUCCCUUUCUCAAAGUGCAAAUGGAAAUGUUUCUCAGUAUCAUGUAUCACAUCACAUGCAGACUGUUCAAGACAAAAACUCUCCUCAAGAUGUUCCUCCUCCUAAUAGUUCAUCUCUUACUCCUUCCUAUGCUGGUAUUUCGGCACCAAGUGAUGGUGCCUCCAACUAUUUGCAGGACGAUUUAAAACCACCGACCAUGACAGCUGGCGAUGCUACCCCUCAAUCUGCGAACAGGUCUAUGUCCUCUACUCCUACGGCCGCUGCAUUGUCGCGAGGCCGCCUUCCGCAUGAUCGAGUGGGUAUAUUAGAGGAUAGGAUUCAGGCUGAUCCACGGGGCGAUACGGAUGCCUGGUUGGAGUUGAUCAACGAACACCGUUCUCGAAAUAAGCUUGAGAGUGCACGAGAGGUCUACGACAGAUUUUUCAAGGUUUUCCCGUCAGCUGCUGAGCAAUGGGUUGCAUACGCGAACAUGGAAUCGGAAAAUAACGAGCUCUAUCGAUUAGAGCAGAUUUUUAAUAGGAGUCUCUUGUCCAUACCUAAUGUUCAGUUAUGGUCUGUAUAUCUCGAUUAUGUUCGUCGCCGUAAUAAUUUAACCACAGACACAACCGGUCAAGCUCGAGGUAUCAUUUCAUCCGCCUACGAUUUUGCUUUGCAGAAUAUUGGAGUGGAUAAAGACUCUGCAAACAUCUGGGUUGAUUACAUCCAGUUCAUUCGCUCCGGACCUGGAAACAUUGGUGGUUCUGGCUGGCAAGAUCAACAGAAGAUGGAUCUUUUGCGAAAAGCGUACCAGAGAGCUAUAUGCGUCCCUACGCAGGCGGUCAAUUCCCUUUGGAAGGAGUACGAUCAGUUCGAAAUGGGCCUGAAUAAGUUGACUGGUCGGAAAUUCCUCCAGGAAAGAUCUCCAGCGUAUAUGACAGCGCGGAGCUCCUUUACCGAGUUGCAGAACAUUACCAGAGACCUUGUUCGUGCCUCGUUACCUAGAUUACCCCCAGCGCCUGGAUGUGAGGGUGAAGAAAUGUACAACAAGCAAGUGGAGAUAUGGAGACGCUGGAUUAAGUGGGAAAAAGACGAUCCUCUAGUACUGAAAGAUGAGGAUGCUGGUGCUGGCUACAAGGCCCGAGUGCUUUAUGUUUACCGACAGUCGUUGAUGGCCUUGAGGUUCUUGCCAGAGAUAUGGUUUGAUGCUGCGGAGUUCUGUUUCCAAAAUGGAAUGGAGUCUGAAGGCAACGACUUCUUAAAGCAAGGAAUAGAUGCAAAUCCAGAGAGCUGUUUGCUUGCAUUUAAACUCGCUGAUCGGCUUGAAGUUACCACAGAAUCUGAGCAGGACUCUAAGAAGCGUGGUGCCAAAGUCAGGGAACCUUAUGACAGACUGCUUGAUGCUUUCUACGACUUAAUUUCGAAAGCCAAGGCUCAGGAAAUUAAAGAUAUAGAUUUUAUCGAAAAAAGCUUUUCUUCUGACGCAGACAAGCCUCAGCGGCAAGUCAUGGUCAUCAACAAUGAGGAAGACGAUGAGGGAGAUGACGUUGCAAAGGCAAGGGAAGCGGCGAAAAAUAGUCAGAUCGAGGCUUUGAAAAAGAGACAUGCUGAAGAAAUUGGCCAGCUGUCGAAGGUCAUAUCCUUUGCUUGGAUUGCCCUCAUGAGAUCUAUGCGUCGCAUUCAGGGGAAAGGCAAACCAGGAGAAAUGGCAGGGUCGAGGCAAAUUUUUGCUGAUGCGCGCAAACGCGGGCGCAUAACUAGCGAUGUCUACAUCGCGAGUGCGUUACUGGAACAUUAUUGCUAUAAAGACCCUGCCGCGACGAAGAUAUUCGAGCGCGGCGCAAAACUAUUCCCCGAGGAUGAAAACUUCACACUGGAAUAUCUUAAACAUCUCAUUGACAUCAACGACAUUAUGAACCCUGCCCUCAAACAAUUCCCCCACCGUUUCUCCACGCCAACUUUCGACCCCACUGGCUUCCAACCAAUUCUCUCCCCUUCCCAGACGAAACCAAAGCUAUCCUCUAUUACUCCCACGGAAGAAGAGAUGCAAUCACGCCAGGACUCCCCUCCCGCCCGCUACCUCGGAGCGCCGGGGCCAGCUGCAGGGCCAGGACCGCCAUCAACAACAACCCACUCCCCCAAGCGCCCCUAUGUGCUCGAUGAAUUGGACGAAGACUCCUCGAAUCGUCCGCGUAAGUUCGUGCGAGCUGAGUCGCCACUGAAAGGCGCAGCAGGCCGGCGGCUGAAUCAGCAGAAGCAACAGAUUCAACAACAGGUGGUAAAUGGUAGCGGUGGAGGUGGGGGAGGUGGGAUGGGUGGUGCGUAUGGUGGUGGAGGUCAAGGGAACAAACCACCCAUCCCAGUUCCGCUGCCGAGAGAAAUCAUGUUCCUGCUCAGCAUUAUUCCGGGCGCAUCGACGUACGAUGCUACGAGGUUUUCGCCGGAGAAGAUGGUUAUGCUAUUGCGUCAUUUGGAAGUUCCUUCGUCGGUGAGUCAGCUUAGACCGCCUGUUCCCCCGCUUGGGGUUGCUGGUAGUACUGGGGUGGUGGGGGGUUUGAAUCGUGGGCAGUAUAUGAGUGGCUACCGCCCUGGUUCAUAG